CGUUGUGCGCUCACCGGUUUAGUUUGAUUGCAACACUGACUCGAAAUGGAGGCGAGGAUUUUGCUGUUGUGUUUACUCUCUGUCGUGUUCGUUGGCGCGGAGUUGGUUCAGGUAGGCAUGAUGUGCGGGUCCAACGAGAGACUACUGGAGUGCGGAUGCCCUAAGACCUGCCGAGACCCUGUGCCGGAGUGCAAGGGCGUCUGCCGUCCGGGUUGCUAUUGCGAAGACGGCCAGGUCAGGAACGCUACUGGACAUUGCGUGAAACUGGCUGAUUGCCCUCCUCAUAAGUAUCCCCAUUUACCUCUAGAGGAUGACUGUCCAGCCCUCGAGGAGUUCAGGCUCUGCGAGCCCUGUAACAAGAGCUGUGAGAAUCCCAACCCGGUCUGUCCUGCGCAGUGCUCGCGCGGGUGUUUCUGUAAGGACGGACUAUUCCGUGACACUAAUGGGAAAUGCGUGACGUUUGAGAAAUGCUCCAAAGCCACACGUUUGAAUGAGAUCGGUUACAUCCCUCAACCAAUCCCGUACCGCAUCAUGUGCGGACCCCUCCAAAGGUACAGAUCCUGCGAGACCUGUGAAAAGACUUGCAGCAACCCCAACCCACCCUGCCCGAUGCCCUGCAAGAAAGGCUGCUUCUGCGACCCUGGAUACGUGAGGGCACCUAGCGGAGACUGUGUUAAACUAAAUGAAUGCCCUAAAGCUGAAGUAACCCUGGGUGGAGCUCACGACCCUACAGUAGAAGACUGCGCUUCUGAUGAAGAGUUUCUCUCGUGUGGAUGGUGUGAGCCCAGCUGCUCAGACCCCGCGCCGAUCUGCCCCGUCGGAGUUUGUACCAGAGGCUGCUUGUGUAGACCUCCACUCUUGAGACAUCGGAGUGGCCAUUGCGUCCAGGAGAAAGACUGUUUACCUCACAAAUGUACGGAGCCCAACGAAGAGUAUGUCUGCCGGUACGGGUGCGAGCCGCGGUGCGACCGGCCGACGUGCACGGUGCGCCCGCGCCGCUGCGCGCUCGGCUGCCACUGCCGACUCGGAUAUUUACGAGACAUCACCACUGGGCUCUGUGUCACCAGCGACAACUGCACCAGGAGUGAUGCUGUUAUUUCAGUUAGAAAUUGAUGUUAUUGUAUGUGAUAUUAAAUAAAAUAUAUACUUAAAACAUA